UUACGCCCGCACAUGCUACCGUAGUUGGAACUCUUUUGUACAAUGAGGUAAUCUUGUAUCAUUUGCGUUAUUUUUAUGUUCAUGGCGGCAAGCACAUGGUGCGACUAGCCCUCACAUCCUUGCGAGAAUAAGGCACAAGGAGUUUCACGGUGAAGUUUGGUAUCUUGUGACACUACGGCGGGAAUACCCGUAUUUUUGUUUUGAAUUAAACUUCAUCAGUUAAAACCUAAGUAAACCUUAUUUUAUCUACGAGAGGGCCGAUCCAUAACCGCACAUCUCUGCCGUUAUAGUGAAACUCCUUACCAGGGGAAAACGGUGAGUGUGACCUAUGGAAGCUUAAAGACGCCACUACCUUCUGACUUCACAGUAUUUGCGAUCCUACAUGAUGUUUCUGUGAUGAUGUGUAACUGUGAACGGAACAUAAUUUGCGAUUUAUGUUGAUGACAUUAACUGUGUGUAAAUUGUAUGGUGACACGUUUGCGUCAUAAAGUGACAAUUUUAGCAUUACUAUACAUAACAUAUUUGUGACUGUGUGUUAGUAAACAGUGUGCUAUUAAUUGAUUAAUGCCAUUGAUUAGUGCUAGGUAUUUAUUAUAUCUGUGCAUAUGAACAAUUAUCAAGACUGUGCUCUAGAUUAGAACUGUACUGACUCUUGUUGCAAAUGUUGAUUUGUAUUUAAUAUGUAUACAUGUGCAUGUAUUUACCUUGUGUGCUAGGGGAAGGUUCCGAUAUUUUAUUGCAAUAUUUUAUCACAUAACUAGUAGGUAACAUUUUAUUGUAUCUAAGUUUAGACCCCCUAACUGUGUUACAAACAUGUCGAACGAAGAGAUGUCCUAUACAGAUGCACUUUCAUCUAUCCCCCCUGAAACAAAGGAAGACAACAACACAGGUAACGACAAGGAAAAUGUUAAAACAACUUCUGAGGAAACGUCUAAGGACUCCGGACAAACAAGUCAAAGCAAUACAUUAAAUAUGCGUGAGCGCAAGAUGACCAUGAAAGGUUUGGAAUGGCAAGUUGAUCAGAUAUGCUCAGACUUUAAGCUCAAAGCUACAAGAUGGCGGAAGUGUGCAGCUUCUAUUGAAGUUCUUAUUUCGGAUUCGAAGGAUACCUCUACAAUCAGACAAGAAAGAGACGUUCUUAUUAGUAUUACGACUAGUCUGAAUGAAAUCCUUGAAAGACUGAAACAAAUGCUAACAAAUGAAGAAGACGAGAAGUACAGAAAUUUAGUUGAUCAAUACCAGGGGAGGAUCGAGAUUAUUCUAGGAGAUAAUCACACAUUAAUGAGAGACAUUACAAAUUACUUGAGAGAAUUAGAGUUUGACUCUGUCUCCAGGAUUUCAGGUAGAUCGCACAGCAGUCGUACAUCAAGGUCAACGAGGGUUUCCAAUACCUCCAGAAGUUCCAGGAAGUCAGUAGAUACAGUCAUGGAGGCAGCGGCGCUGAAGACAAAACUGAGGUACAUUGAUGCAGAGGCAAAACGCAAGGCAGACCUUGAAAGGAUCAGAACCCAAAAGGAGCUUGAUAUAGCACAGGCUAAGUUAGAAGCACUUGAGAGUUUGGAAGGUAAUGAACCAUUCUCGUACAGUGAUUUUAAACAUUCGAUUCCAGAGCUUGACUCCAAGGAACGUGUGAAAAGGUUCAUUGAUACUCAGGUUAGGCCAUCAGAAGCGAAGGUAAAGAUAGAACCAGUAUCGCAAGCACCACCGAUUUCACAUAGGAACUUCAUUCCUCCAGUAUUCACUCCUCACACACUUCAGGAAAAUGUCGCCACUAGUACCGCUUCAAGAGUACCCUUAAGCAACAUAGACUUGCAGUCACUUAGCAAUCCUACACCCAUUAGUAAAGAUGACAAACACAUGGAGCAGGGCUUAUUAGAUCUGGCUACUUCACUAGCGAAGCAAGUGAGUCUUAGUCGUUUACCCCCUCCGGAACCUACCAUUUUCCUAGGAGAUCCGUUGAAGUAUCCAAGUUGGAAGGCAUCAUUUCAAACACUCAUAGAGCAGCGUCAGAUUCCAGAUUCAGAGAGGAUACAUUAUUUGAAGAAGUAUCUGGGUGGGCCAGUGAAAGAUGUCAUAGAGAACUAUUUUCUGUUAUCAACAGAUGAUGCGUAUGAGGAGGCUAAAGGACUGCUAGACCAAAGAUAUGGUAACCCAUUCAUUGUUGCCAAUGCAUUCCGUGACAAACUGGAUAAAUGGACAAAGAUAAGCUCGAGAGAUGGUGUUGGACUGCAGCGAUUUGGUGAUUUUCUCAAGCAGUGUUAUACGGCCAUGCAGAGUAUUGGAAGCUUGAACAUUCUCAAUGAUGACAGAGAGAACAGAAGACUGCUGAGCAAACUUCCAGACUGGCUUGUGACAAGAUGGGGUAGGAUCGCCACACAGUAUAGAGAAGAAAGAAUGGAAUUUCCACCAUUCAAGAAUUUCAUGGAAUUUAUUGUGAAAGAAGCCAAGAUUGCGACAGACCCUAUUACCUCCAUAGAGUCUGUAAAGAAGUCUGAACUCGCCCAAUCAGAGCCGAGUAAACCACGUCCUGAUGUCAGAAUACAACAGCGAGGUGCAGCUGAUUAUGGAAAACGAUCUUUCCUGACAGACGUUGACGAGAAUCAGCCAGCAAAUGUGAACGUUGCAAAUAAAAGUGACAGAGUGAGAAACUGUGUUUUGUGUGAAGGAAAUCAUGAACUAGAUGACUGUAAACAAUUCUUAGCAAAGAGUCUGGAAGGAAGAAAACAGUACGCAAAGCAGAAAGGUUUGUGUUUUGGGUGUUUACAUUCGGGUCAUCUAUCAAGGAAGUGUCGUCAGAGGAAAAGAUGCAAAACUUGUUCCAAGUUUCACCCCUCAUCUUUACACGGGGACAUCCAUAGACGAGAACAGCACCAGGUUACAGAGGAGGUGGAUAAGGCAGCAGUGCCAAAGGAAAAUUCGUCAGGAACAACACUUAUGAAUCACUCCGGAGCAUCUAGUAAAAGUACCAUGAUACUUCCAGUUUAUGUGUCACAUAAAGAGAACCCAGAAAGAGAGAGGUUAGUGUAUGCGCUACUUGACACGCAAUCAGAUACAACCUUUAUUCUGGAGAAGACUUCAAGGGCCCUUGGACUUACAGGUAGACCUGUGAAGCUCAUGCUAUCUACUAUGUAUGCAGAGAACAAGGCCAUAGAUAGUUGUAAGAUUGGAGGACUUGUUGUGCGUGGCUUCAAUAGUGAACACAGGAUAACAUUACCGGAGACGUAUACAAGAGCUAUCAUGCCUGCCAACAGAUCCCAUAUCCCGACACCGGAAGUUGCGAGAAGGUGGCCCCAUCUGGAGGCUAUUGCAGAUGAACUCCUACCGCUGACUGAUUGCGAAGUUGGAUUACUUAUUGGUUACAACUGUGUGAAGGCCUUGACGCCUAGAGAUGUUAUCGUUCCAUCCGAAGACGGACCUUAUGGUCAACGCACUGACUUGGGAUGGAGUGUAGUAGGCAUAAUGGAGAAUGACAGUUCAACGGAAUGGGAAGAGGAUCCCAUAGGAAUUAGUCAUUGUAUUGUUGCGUGCAACGUGCCUACAGAAUUGUGUACAUCUGAAGCAUCAAGGCAAGAUCAUGUUGUAUUUUCAGUAAGGAACAAGAUAAAGGAAGUAAUCAACCCUGAAGAGGUAGUUAGGAUGCUUGAAGUGGAUUUCAGUGAGAACUUUAGCAGUUCAAAACAUGUUUCCUACGAAGACAGAAAAUUUAUGGAUAUCAUGGAAAAGGGGAUUCAUAAGUGUGAUGGACAUUAUGAAAUGUCACUGCCUUUCCGAGAAGCAAUGCCAUACCUGAGCAAUAAUAGAGACAUGGCAUUUCAGCGACUUCAAGUCUUGCGGAAACGACUUGAGAAAGACGCAAAGUAUAGCGAGCAUUACGUUUCCUUUAUGAAAGAGCUGAUAUCAAAUGGUUUUGCGGAAAGAGUACCGAAGACGGAACUUGGUGUGGAUAGUGGUCAGGAGUGGUAUAUCCCACAUCAUGGUGUAUAUCAUCCGCAAAAACCAGGAAAGCUGCGUGUAGUCUUCGAUUGCAGUGCAAGGUAUAUGGGGCAGUCAUUGAAUGACCAUUUGCUGCAAGGACCUGACAUGAUGAAUAUGCUUUUUGGAGUUUUGUGUAGAUUUCGCAAAGAGCCAGUGGCCUUUGUUUGUGAUAUUGAGCAGAUGUUUCAUCAGUUCAAGGUGAAUGUUGAACAUAGAAAUUACCUACGAUUCUUGUGGUGGGAUGAUGGCAAUUUUGAUAAGGAUCCUACUACUUACCGAAUGACUGUACAUCUAUUUGGAGCAGUAUCUUCUCCAGGAUGCGCCAACUUUGGCUUGAGACAAGCUGCCACAGACGGAGAGCUUCAGUUUGGGUCUGAUGUUGGGAACUUCAUCAAACGAGACUUCUAUGUUGACGACGGACUGAAGUCGGUAGCUACUCCAGAGGAAGCCAUUAGCAUCAUAGAGAGAAGCAAAGAGUUGUGCAGCAGAAGUGGUUUGAAGUUACACAAGUUCCUCUCAAACUCAAAGGAAGUUUUGGAGAGCAUUCCAGUUGAAGAAAGAGCAAAGGGACUAGCAGAUAUUGACAUACACCAUGACAAGCUUCCCAUGGAAAGAACUUUAGGUAUACAGUGGUGUAUUCAGACAGACGCAUUUCAGUUCAAGAUUACACUGAGAGACCGUCCUCUUACUAGACGAGGGGUUUUGUCGACCUUGAGUUCCGUAUUUGACCCACUUGGAUUCAUAGCACCUUUCGUCCUAGUUGGGAAACAAAUCUUGCAGGAAAUGUGUAGAAACCAGACAGAUUGGGAUAGCCCUCUUCCAGAGAACUUGAGACCUAGAUGGAGAUGUUGGAGAAAUGAUCUUGAGCAGCUUGGUUCCUUGGAAAUCAAGAGAUGUCUAAAACCGGAGAACUUUGGAGACGUUGUUGUAGCUGAGUUACACCAUUUCUCAGAUGCGAGCACUAUUGGGUAUGGCCAGUGCUCAUAUCUUCGUCUCAUUGACGACAAGCAGCAAGUACACUGCUCUUUAGUUAUGGCAAAAUCCAGGGUCACGCCACUCAAGCCAGUAACCGUACCUCGUUUGGAACUUACUGCUGCGCUCGUUUCUGUUAAGGUCAGCUCCCAACUUCUAGAAGAGCUUGAAAUUAGCAAUGUUGUCGAAUGGUUCUGGACAGAUAGCACCGUUGUUCUGGGAUACAUUGCUAACGAUUCUCGACGAUUUCAUGUUUUUGUUGCCAACAGACUUCAACAGAUUCGUGAUCACACAGAACCAUAUCAGUGGAACUAUAUCAGUUCAGCAGAGAAUCCAGCAGACAUGGCAUCACGUGGUGUUACAGCUGAUGAGUUACGAAAGAGGAAGGAAUGGUUCAGAGGACCCAAGUUUCUAUGGGAGUCCAGUUUACCAUUUACUGGUCAGCCUGUCAGCAAGCCAACUAUAUCCGACGAUGACCCAGAGGUUAAGCGUUGCCAGGUGUUUGAGACAAAGGUGGAACCUACUGAAUAUGAAUCAUUGACAGACCAUUUGGAUCGUUUUUCUGAUUGGACCCAGGCAAAGAGACUCAUAGCGAACUGUUUUAAGUUCAAGUCAUUACUUAAGAAGGACGCCUGUCAGAAGGGAAUAGACGCAGUGCUUUGCAAGGAGCAAGGAUUGCCAGUAGCAUUAUUGGAGAAAGCAGAAUUGACUAUUGUAAGAUUAGUUCAGAAAGAGGCCUUUAGUGAAGAAUUGAAACUUCUUAACAGCACCAAGGAAUGUGAGGAAGUUAACAGGAAGAAAUCCGUUCGGAGGACAUCCUCCCUUUACAGACUUGACCCAUUUUUGGAUGAUAAUGAUGUUUUGCGAGUCGGAGGUCGUUUGCGGAAGGGAGAAUUUACGUCUUAUGUUAAGCAUCCAAUCAUUCUACCAAGGAAGUCACAUGUUACAAGGCUUAUCAUCAGACACUUUCAUGAACGCAGCAGACACCAAGGACGAAGUAUUACCACGAAUGAGAUAAGAUCAAAUGGUUAUUGGAUUAUUGGCUGCAGUUCUGCUGUGUAUAGUGUCAUUUCGAGAUGUGUGAAAUGUCGUAAACGUCGCAGCCAAACACAAGAUCAGAAAAUGAGUGACUUACCUGCUGACAGACUUGCAGCAGACGCACCCUUUACAUACAGUGGUGUAGACUUUUUUGGACCAUUCUACAUCAAAGAAGGGAGAAGAGAGUUGAAGAGAUAUGGAGUUCUCUUUACAUGUAUGUCUUCGAGAGCCGUGCAUCUAGAAACUGCAAACUCUCUCGACACUAGUUCAUUUAUCAACGCUCUGCGCAGAUUUCUAGCGAUACGUGGACCAGUAAGACAACUGAGAUCAGAUAGAGGCACAAACUUUGUCGGGGCUGAGAGAGAACUCAGAGAAUCUUUGGAAGAAUUAGAUGAUAGUCGUUUGAAGCAGUUUCUCACAGCUGACGGAUGUGAUUAUAUCCAUUUCAAAAUGAACGUUCCAUCAGCGAGUCAUAUGGGCGGAAUUUGGGAACGGCAGAUCAGGACAGUUCGCAAUGUGCUUUCUUCCCUUUUACAGGAUUUUAGUAUGCAGUUAGACGAUGAGGCUCUUAGAACCUUUUUCUGUGAGACUAUGGCUAUUGUCAACAGUCGCCCACUUACCAUUUCGAACUUGCAUGAUCCAUUCGCACCUGAACCUAUCACACCGAACCACCUUCUGACCAUGAAGUCUAAGGUUGUCCUACCACCACCUGGUGAGUUCCAGAAGCCUGAUUUGUAUUGCCGUAAGAGAUGGCGCCGCAUACAAUACUUGGCCAAUGAAUUCUGGAUACGUUGGAGAAAGGAAUUCCUUCAGACCCUCCAGACGCGUACAAAGUGGUCCUCGCCCAGACGGAAUAUCCAGACAGGAGAUGUUGUGUUAGUGAAGGAUGACAACUUACCUCGAAAUCAAUGGCAUCUUGGCCGUGUCAUAGAGACAUAUGCAAGUGAGGAUGGAUUUGUCCGGAGUGUUAGAUUAGCUAUCGGGGAUAGCAGUUUGGAUAAGAACGGCAAGAGAAACAGUCAGCUUUCUACACUGGAGAGACCUGUUCAUAAGUUAGUAUUGUUGCUAGAAAACGAGACCGGGGAAGACCCCACCGAGGAGCCAUCGUAG